CGGGGGAGGAAGACGUCUUCUCGUCCCAGCAUUUGCAACAAAUUGACACCAACCGGUUAAAAAAAACAAGAAAGAACAAAAACAUUCGCGUUCAUGCGAGAAGACAGCGAAGUAGACCCAGCCCGGCUGAACCCGCCCCGGUGAGAAAAAGGGAUAAACCAGCACAUAUGUCAGCGGAUUUCUCCAUCGCAGCCGUUUCAGCAUCAGGAAGAUAAGACACUCGGCUGUUUACGUUUUUUUUAUCACGCUGCGCCGAAAAUGUUGGGAAAUAGAUCGCGGCCGAACAUAUGACGCCCCCGUUUCUGCCGUGUGUCCUUUAAACAGAGAGGCAUGCACCGUUUGAGUGGAACCCGCAGGUCCAGCAGACAGCCCCCUGCUCUCUCCCUGAGCCUCCGGUGUGCAGAACAAUGAACGCGGAGCAGAAGUGAGCCCAAGUCAGCCUCGUCCGGUCACACCGAAGUGCUCGCAAACCGACAGCCAGGCCGGCUUCCAGACAGAUCACUUCGGGUUGCAGCCUGGGUACUCUGGUUCAGGGAUUUGGGGUUUUGGCACAGAAAAGGCGUCUCACUGGGCGUUAAAAGAUUGAUGUGCAGCUCACAUUGGAAAAGGGAAACGACCUGCGAGCUGGUUGGAAUAAGGGUCCCUGUUUCUGCCUCAGUCAGUGAGUGUGUUGUCCGUGGCUCGCCGCCCGCCGCUCUGUGCCCCUCAGACACCGAGUUUCCAUGGAGGCAGGUUCGUCCCUCAGCCUCAAACGACGAUAUGAAGAGGUGGACAACAGCUCUCCAUUCUCUACACCUAAGGACUCUGACGAUGACAUCUCCAGCAGCGACAGCGCUGACAGCUGCGACAGCCUCAACCCCCCGUCCAGCACUGCAUUCACCCGUAAGGAACAGCAGGAGACUCACGUUAAAGCCACGUCCAUCCUCAGGCAGCACAAGCCGUCACCUGGGGGGAAACGGGUACGCUUCGACGUGGUGACGGUGUAUUACUUCCCCCGGCGGCAGGGAUUCACCAGCGUGCCCAGCCAGGGGGGCAGCUCCCUGGGCAUGGCCCGCCACCACUCGUCCAUCAGACACUACACGCUGGGCGAGUUUGCCCGGGAACAGGAGACGAGCCACCGGCACACUUUACGCCAGCACCUGCGGCAAGAGAAGCUCAAUGCCCGCAAGAUGAAGCUGACCAGAAACGGCACGGUGGAGUGCGCUCAGGCAGACCUGCUGACUCUGGAGGACGUAUCAGACGAGGACCUGGACGUGGACGGGGUGGAGGUGGACGACUGUUUCUUCCUUCAGCCGCUGCCCACGAAGCGCCGCCGGGCCCUCCUGCGAGCCUCCGGCAUCGCCCGCAUAGACGCUCGGGAGAAAGCGGAGCUCAGGACCAUCCGCCUGUCGCGGGAGGAAUGCGGCUGCGACUGCCGCCUGUACUGCGACCCUCGCCACUGCGGCUGCAGCCAGGCGGGCAUUAAGUGCCAGGUGGAUCGAAUGUCUUUCCCAUGUGGCUGCUCGAGGGACGGCUGCGGCAAUGUAGCGGGCCGCAUCGAGUUCAACCCUCUGCGUGUCAGAACUCACUACCUGCACACCAUCAUGAAGCUGGACCUGGAGAAGAGGAGGAUGCUGAUACAAGGGGCUGGGGAGCAGUAUGCUGAAUCCGACCCCUUGUCCUCCCCCUCCUCCACUUGCCCCACUUCUCCAGACCUGUCCUCGGUCGCUGGCCUGGACUCUGAGCUGGAGGAGAGCGAGGUGCAGACAGUGGUGGAGGUUCAGGAUCUCCUGGCGGAGCAGGACAUCCUGGAGCGAGAGAACGAGACCGCUGUGUUGCACCUGCAGAGCGCGGAGGAACAGGAGAGGAGGGAGAGGGAGGAGGCGGAAGGGGAGGCGGUGCAGCAGGAGCUGGGCGCUGGGGGUCUCACUGAGCAGCCUCUAUGCCUCAUGCCCGCUGCCUUGGGAGGGGAGCUGCCCGAGCAGGCCGAGGUGCCAGGUGUGGAGCAGGUCCUCCUGCAGGGGCCGUUCCCCACGGGGGCCACGGUGCUCUGCAUCACUGACAACCAGGAGGAGAGCCCCUCUGACCUCCUCAAAGACUCCACGUCUCUGCUCUACUAUCAGCUCAGUCCCAUAGAGCCAGGAGCCUUUGAGACCCUGCCCAGGGAGGAGGAGGCUGAGCAGGAGGAGCGCUCGGUGAGGGAACCAGCUUCAGGAGGAGGCGAGUGUGCGGAGAGGAAACAAGAAGGAGGAGAGGAGUCGAAGGGUGGUAAGCCUGAAGAGAUCACCUGCGGGCAGAGUUUGGGCAAGUCUUUGACCAAUGUGAUUCUGUGCUCAGAGGAAUGUGUGGAGGUGGAGGAGGGGAGGCCCUCGAGUCCCCGGCAGAGCCUCCCUGAAGAGCAGUGCCAACGGGGGUCCUGCGUGGAGGGAGAAGCAGACCCACUGCCUCCUGAAGUUUAGCUCGAGCUUCUCUGCAGAUGUUUUGCACAAUAGCUUCAUCUAAGAUGAUAAAAUUACACAUUUCACAUUUAUUACCGCUAUCAUCGAGAACGAUCACAAGCUGCGAUCUUUUGUUGUGACUGUCAUCCAAUUAUGAGGAGAGGGAGUAGUACAACACAUGAGCCGAGGGGGUGGGGUGGGGGGGUGAAAG